CGGUCCCAUAUAGCGCUCUUCAGCAAAAGCGGAGUUGAUGCGACACAAGGCGCUCUCGUUCCCGGCAUGCACUGGGGAGCUGUAUUGUACUGAGGAAGCUUUGGCACGGGGAAAUCGAGUAGGUGCUGUGGCGCGAGCGCAGGGAAUCUCCUCAUUCUGAUCCUCAUCCCAGAAAAUUAUCUAAAAAAAAAAGGAAAAGGGACAAAAAAACAGACCGGACGCAUUAAGCCCAUUCUCUUUAUUGCCGAUCAACAGCACCACCAUGAACUACUUGCGCCGGCGUCUGUCUGACAGCAGCUUUGUAGCCAACCUGCCCAAUGGCUACAUGAUGGACUUGCAGAGGCCCCCUGGCUCUAGCGGUUCCAGCAGCUCUACCAGCUCCCCGGCUUCCCCGGCCACGGAGAGGCGUCAGCAGCCUCCUGCGGCGGCAGCAGCACCUGCAGCAGCAGCAGCACCAUGUCCGCCUCCUCAACCCGCCUCCACAGGCACGUUUCUCAGCUCUUUCUCCAGCGUGGUGAAGACAGCUCAGAUUGCCAGUGCUGUGCAGGCCAAAGCUGCUGCUCAUGCGGACACAGCAGCUGCAGCAGCGGCUGGCACCGCUCCGGCCAAGCCUGUAGUCCGCAAGCCCAAAGUGCUGUUAGUCAUCGACGACGCACACACAGACUGGGCUAAAUAUUUCAGAGGGAGGAAGCUGAACGGGGAAUAUGAGAUCCGUGUCGAACAGGCUGAGUUUUCAGAGAUCAACGUGUCGUCCACCGUCAGCACCGGCUGCGUGGUUGAUAUGCAGGUCGCUCGAGGCGGCACCAAAGUUGUAAGGUCCUUUAAACCAGAUUUCAUCCUGAUUCGCCAGCACGCCUACAGCAUGACCCCGGGAGAAGACUUCAGAAGCCUUGUGAUUGGUCUGCAGUAUGGCAGUGUGCCAAGUGUGAACUCCCUGCACUCCAUCUACAACUUCUGCAGCAAACCCUGGGUUUUUUCUCAGAUGAUCAAACUCUACCAUGACUUGGGACCAGAGAAAUUCCCACUGAACGAGCAGACUUUCUUCCCUGACCACACACAGAUGAUGCCCACUCUGACAUUUCCAGUCGUUGUGAAGAUGGGGCACGCCCAUGCAGGCAUGGGAAAGAUAAAGGUGGAGAAUUCAACUGACUUCCAGGACAUAACCAGCGUGGUGGCUCUUGCCAAAACAUAUGCAACAGCAGAGCCUUUUGUCGAAUCCAAGUACGACAUCAGGAUCCAGAAAAUUGGCAACAACUACAAAGCAUACAUGAGAACCUCCAUUUCAGGUAACUGGAAGGCAAACACAGGCUCUGCUAUGCUGGAGCAGAUCGCCAUGACAGAUAGGUAUCGUCUGUGGGUGGACUCGUGCUCCGAGAUGUUCGGAGGUUUGGAUAUCUGCGCUGUGAAAGCUGUACAUGGAAAAGACGGCAAGGAUUAUAUCAUAGAGGUGAUGGACAGCUCCAUGCCUCUGAUUGGUGAGCAUGUGGAGGAGGACAAGCAGCUCAUCGCUGAUAUGGUCCUCAGCAAGAUGGCUUUUUCUCUGCUCGGUGUCACUUCUCCUCAGUCCUCCAAUGCAAAGACACAACCUGGUCCUCAGACGACUCAGCCGAGACGAGUUCAAGGAGGUCCCCGGUCAGGCUCUGCCUCAUCGUCUCAACCUGCACAGGGAUCUCCACAGCGUACUCGCUCUGCAAACACCUCUCCCAGUCAAGCCUUCCAGCCAGGCCCAAUCCCAGCAGCCUCCUCUCAGAAACAAGGACCACAGCUCAACAAGUCUCAGUCCCUCACCAACACCUUCACAGAGACGCUGAGAGGAAACCCAGCAGACGACGAGGUCAAAGCCGAGACCAUCCGCAGCCUGCGCCAGUCUUUCGCCAGCCUGUUUUCCGACUAGUACGCUUACUCACACAUACACAUACAGUACAUACGAGAUCUGCACUUUUGGAUUGAAAGUUGUUGUGAAGGUCAGUAGAGUGGAAGUGAAAUCUCUAACUUCAUGACUGAAUACGAUGUCCAGUAGAUGUCCAUGCCACUAGUUUUGAUUUCUGGGUCAUUCUUUUCAAACCUGCUUUCUCUUUCUUCUUCUUCUUCUUCUUCUUCUUCUUCUUCUUCUUCUUCUUCUUCUUCUUCUUCUUCUUCUUCUUCUUCUUCCCUGAUCUUGACUUUCUGAGAUUUAGACUUGCUUUUUAACCUUAAUUUCAUGAUUGAGAAGAUCCACAAAGGUUCCAUCAUGAAAAUAACCACAUAAGGUCUUGCAUAUUUGGUUUAUGGAUCCUGACUUCCAGUCCUGGAGGUUUGAAGUGAAAUUUAGCCGAUUCUCCCGAAUUCAACUCACCAGUACAUUUGCAGGUUUAGUCAGUCAGCUACAGCCGGUUAAUCACUAAACCACACUGGACUGUGGAUCUCCAGGACUGGAAUUGUGGGAUUCUUUGUGUAUGAAGGACUUCUUGUGGAUUUAUUUAAAUCUUGUUGUGUAACAGUAUGAAGAAAAAAACAACAAUAUGAUCACAUAACCGUAUAGCUCAGUAUCCCAACAUCAUCUUCACAAACAAUUAAAUUCAAAACAAAUUCAAUUUUAAAGAAUUGAUCUAAGUAGCAAAUAAUUCCCGUUAAUCCAAAAACUAAAAAAAAGAAACGGUAUUUAUGUUAGAAUAUAUAGUGUGUUAUCCCCUUUAUAAAAUGUAGCAUAUUUCUUUUGUUUUGUAAUUUUUUUCAUUCAUAAUUUAUUAUUUAGCGUAGCGUUUAUUGUGUAGCGUAGCGUUUACAGUAAAACUCUUAUUGAUCUGUCAUUGAUCUUGCGCUAUCAACCAUCCUUUAUUGAUUAAUUAGUGACCGAAUUAGUAAACAGUUAUUAUGAUAUAAUCCCUAUGACACAGUAUUGUCAGUAUUAAGUACAAAGUAUUUCAGGCUAUCAGGCAAUAUUCCACAGUGGGUCUUAUUUUAUUUCUAAAAAUGGGUCAGUCUUCCAUUACCGUAUAUCUCUUCCCUUUAUAAGUGACGUAUACUUGACAGUGUAAGUACUGUAAAUACUGUUUUAUGUAUUGGGCAUUUUAUCUCCACACUGGGAAUCUCUGAUCUCGUCCCACUUUCGGGAGAAGGAACUUCGCAAACAAAUAAAGGAGAAGGAAAUAAUGACGUCCGAGUCCAAUCUGAAAGCCAUCAAAUCAGUGACAUACUGAGGCCUUGAUUCACUAAGAUCUCAAAUCCUCACACAUGUAAGGAAAAGCGGACGGGUGAAACCUAUGGAAACGAGGUGCUGUGUGGAUUUGAUAGUUCCUUAAGUUCCUUUAAGAGAACCUCGCCAGGUGUUGGAACUAAACCAGGCGUGUUUGUGCAAUUCAAUUUUAAAGGCUGUGAGUUGCAUCGAAAAAAUACAGUAUGAAUGCAAAAUUAAAGUGUGUCACGUUCAUAGGGUAAAAGGUGAAUGUCUGUUUUAAUGCUGUUAGCGUCUGAGGCGUGAACAUGCAGCCGUUUAUAAUACGACUUUAAGUAAGGCAUUUAUUACACUUUGGGAUCCUGAGGCCUGAUCUUAAAAGAGCUCAUAAAUAAAAUGUAAUGAAUAGUAGAAUUUUAUUGGACAUCUCCAAACUGAUGCUGCGUUCAACUAAAGCUCACAACGCAAAUUAGACAAAUAAAGAAAUAAUGAAAAUAUUCCCUUUAAGUUCCUGCUCGGGAACGUGGGGGGGGUUUCUUCGAACCCUGAGUUAAGUGUAUGAUGUCAUGUUAGAAUGUUCAUCAAUACAGUUUCAUGAAAAAAAAUUGUUAACAUCACACUAAACUGGUUAAUUCUGAAACUUCCUGUUUCCUAUUUAAAUCAAAUGCAGCACGAGUGCUCCAUAUUUCACACUUUUAGAGAGAAGAGAUACACACACACACACACACACACACACACACACACACACACACACACACACACACACACACACACACA